AUGCAAAAAGCAACCUACUACGACAGCUCGGCGAUCUACGGCGGCUACCCCUACCAGGCAGCCAACGGGUUCGCUUAUAAUGCCAGUCAGCAGCCUUACCCGGCGUCCGCUGCCCUGGGCGCCGACGGCGAGUACCACCGCCCCGCCUGCUCGCUGCAGUCGCCAGCCAGCGCCGGGGGCCACCCCAAGGCGCACGAGCUGAGCGAAGCGUGUCUGCGCACUCUGAGCGGCCCGCCCAGCCAGCCCCCGGGCCUGGGCGAGCCGCCCCUGCCGCCGCCGCCGCCCCAGGCCGUCUCCCCCCCUCAGAAUGCCAGCAGCAACCCCGCCCCCGCCAGCGCAGCCAAGAGCCCCCUGCUCAACUCGCCCACCGUGGCCAAACAAAUCUUCCCCUGGAUGAAAGAGUCGAGGCAAAACACAAAGCAGAAAACCAGCGGCUCCAGCUCAGGGGAGAGUUGCGCUGGGGACAAGAGCCCGCCAGGGCAGGCUUCGUCCAAGCGCGCGCGCACGGCCUACACAAGCGCGCAGCUGGUGGAGCUGGAGAAGGAGUUCCACUUCAACCGCUACCUGUGCCGGCCGCGCCGCGUGGAGAUGGCCAACCUGCUGAACCUCACCGAGCGCCAGAUCAAGAUCUGGUUCCAGAACCGCCGCAUGAAGUACAAGAAGGACCAGAAGGGCAAGGGCAUGCUCACGUCGUCGGGCGGACAGUCCCCAAGUCGCAGCCCUGUGCCCCCUGGCGCGGGCGGCUAUCUGAACUCUAUGCAUUCGCUGGUUAACAGCGUCCCGUAUGAGCCCCAGUCGCCCCCGCCCUUCUCCAAGCCCCAACAAGGCGCCUACGGGCUGCCCCCCGCCUCGUACCCCGCGCCCCUACCCAGCUGCGCGCCCCCGCCGCCCCCGCAGAAGCGCUAUGCGGCGGCGGGCGCGGGCACAGGGGGCACCCCCGACUACGACCCGCACGCUCAUGGCCUGCAGGGCAACGGUAGCUAUGGGACCCCACACUUACAGGGAAGCCCCGUCUUCGUGGGGGGCAGCUAUGUGGAGCCCAUGAGCAACUCCGGGCCGGCCCUCUUUGGCCUAACUCACCUCCCCCACGCCGCCUCGGCCGCCAUGGACUAUGGGGGCGCCGGGCCGCUAGGAAGCGGCCACCACCACGGGCCAGGGCCAGGGGAGCCGCACCCCACCUACACGGACCUUACCGCCCACCAUCCUUCUCAGGGAAGAAUUCAGGAAGCGCCCAAGCUCACCCACCUGUGA